GGUAGCAAAGCUCCCGAGAGCUCCAGCGAAGCAGACAGACAUAACGCGUCCUCGUUGCUUUGUUUGUGAAACCGCGUGCCUCUAAUUGUAUUAUUCAAGUGGAUUUUUUUCGAUUAAAUUAUCGCCAAGGUCAUGUCGGAGGCUUGACUUUUAUCCUAAAUUCGGGUUUGUCUGCACAUCCGUGAUGACCACCAGUUUUUGGGGAAGCCAUGAUCCAAUCGGAGUAAACGCUGGACAGAGUGAAAGCUAACGUUACUGUACAGGGCUUGUCAGUAGCUAACGAUAACAAACGCCAACCUGGUUAUAUCACAUUAUCACGCUCUGCCUGGUAUGCUCCCAGCAUUACAGUAGAUGUCCACCCCUUUAGACACAUCAGGUGGUAUGUCCCAUCCUGGCCCUUCUCCGGGGGCAGGUCUGUCCCCAGGGCCUAUCCUGGGCCCCAGCCCUGGACCUGACCCCUCCCCAGGCUCUGUUCACAGUAUGAUGGGACCCAGCCCUGGGCCUGGAACACCCAAUGCACCGCACGGCAUUCAGGGUCAAAGUGAAUACUCUCAGGACGGCAUGUAUCCUAUGCACAAGUCUAUGGAGGGGAUGAAUGAAAAGACCAUGGCAGAUGCGAUGCACUUUGGUCACAUGAAAGGUGUCGGGAUGAGAUCUCUGCAUAGCGGCAUGGGACCCCCACAGAGUCCGAUGGACCAGCACAGCCAAGGAUACAUAUCCCCACAUCCGUCCCCAAUGGGGGUCCAUGAGCAUGCUUCUAGUCCCAUGUCAGGAGGUGGAGGUGGUGGGGGACCCAAACCCCCACCUCCCUCCCAGUCCGGCCCUAUGAUGCCCACGGACCCUCAGUCAGCCGGGCCCAACAUGUCCAACAUGAGCCCUCAGGGCCGCGGACCCUCUGCCUUCAGUCCGGUGCAGCUGCAGCAGCUCAGAGCGCAGAUCCUGGCCUACAAGAUCCUGGGCCGAGGCCAACCCCUGCCAGAAAACCUCCAACUAGCUGUUCAGGGCAAGAGAACUCUACCCACAAUGCAACAGCAGCAGCAACAACAGCAGCUUCAGCAGCAGCAGCAGCAGCAGGCACCUAGUGCUAGUCCUUACAACAGGCCUCCGGGUAUGCCAAUGGCACCUUUGGGUGGGCUGCAGUCAAGCCCCUGCCCCACCCCAACCAUGCAAGGACACAAUCAAAGCACAGGACCCAAGCCUUGGCCUGAGGGUCAGGGUGUUGAAAAUCAAGCCAACGCCCAGAAGCACCUCACUCCUAUUCCCAGUGGACGCCCGUCCCCUGCACCCCCCCAGGCCUCUGCUGUGCCAGCCGGGCCCAUGCCAGGCAGUUCACUGACCCCCCAGCCUCCAGGUCAGCAGGUGUCCCCCAUGCUCCAGAUGCAGAAACAGAACCGCAUCACGCCCAUCCAGAAGCCCCAGGGCCUGGACCCAGUGGGGAUCCUGCAAGAGAGAGAGUACAGGUUGCAGGCUCGGAUUGCUCAUCGAAUCCAGGAGCUGGAAAGUUUGCCCGGCUCUCUCGCCCCCGACCUGAGGAAUAAAGCCACCGUGGAGCUCAAGGCCCUGCGUCUGCUCAACUUCCAGCGGCAGCUGAGACAGGACGUGGUGGCGUGCAUGAGGCGAGACACCACCCUGGAGACGGCCCUCAACUCAAAGGCUUACAGACGCAGCAAGAGGCAGACGCUGAGGGAGGCGCGCAUGACGGAGAAGCUGGAGAAGCAGCAGAAGCUGGAGCAGGAGAAGAAGCGCAGACAGAAACACCAGGAAUAUCUCAACAGCAUCCUUCAGCAUGCAAAGGACUUCAAAGAGUAUCACCGCUCGAUUUCUGGAAAAAUGCAGAAGCUCACCAGAUCCAUCGCCACCUGGCACACCAACACAGAGAGGGAGCAGAAGAAGGAGACUGAGAGAAUCGAGAAGGAGAGGAUGAGGAGGCUCAUGGCAGAAGAUGAAGAAGGCUACCGAAAGCUAAUCGACCAAAAGAAAGACAAGCGUCUGGCCUACUUGCUGCAGCAGACGGAUGAAUACGUGGCUAACCUCACCACCCUGGUGUACGAACACAAAGCUGCUCAGGCUGCCAAGGACAAGAAAAAGAAGAAGAAGAAAAAGAAGGUGGAUGGAGACGGUGAGGGCACCAGCGCUAUUGGACCUGAUGGAGAGCCCAUGGACGAGAGCAGCCAGACGAGUGAGCUGCCGGUCAAAGUGAUUCAGACGGAGACCGGGAAAGUUUUGCAGGGAACGGAUGCUCCCAAAUCCGGCCAGCUGGAGGCCUGGCUCGAGAUGAACCCUGGGUAUGAGGUGGCCCCGCGGUCGGACAGUGAGGAGAGCAGCUCAGAGUUUGAGGAGGAGGACGAAGAGGAGGCCAAGGCUGAAAGAAAAGAAGAAAUUGAAGAAAGGAAGAUAAUCGAUCCCAGUGGAAUUGAGGAGUUUGUCGCUGAUACCACGGAUAUUAUUCUGUCGGCCAUUCAGGUGGACGAUGAGUACAGUGUUCCUACCGGACAAACCAGCACCGCGUCUUACUACGGUGCCGCCCACGCUGUCAUUGAGAGGGUGGAGAAGCAGUCAACGCUGUUGAUCAACGGCACACUCAAACAUUACCAGGUCCAGGGGCUGGAGUGGAUGGUGUCUCUGUACAACAACAAUCUAAACGGCAUCCUGGCUGAUGAAAUGGGCCUCGGCAAAACAAUCCAAACCAUUGGCCUUAUCACCUACCUGAUGGAGCACAAGAGGAUCAACGGGCCCUUCCUCAUCAUCGUUCCUCUCUCGACUUUGUCUAACUGGGUGUAUGAACUUGACAAGUGGUCCCCAUCUGUGGUUAAGGUUGCUUACAAGGGGACCCCUGUGUUGCGCCGUGGGCUUGUGCCUCAACUUCGCAGUGGGAAGUUCAACGUCUUGCUGACCACUUAUGAAUACAUCAUCAAAGACAAGAACAUACUGGCCAAGAUUCGUUGGAAGUACAUGAUUGUGGACGAGGGUCACCGGAUGAAGAACCACCACUGUAAGCUGACCCAGGUGUUGAACACUCACUAUGUGGCCCCGCGCCGCCUCCUCCUCACCGGCACCCCCCUGCAGAACAAGCUGCCCGAGCUGUGGGCCCUGCUCAACUUCCUGCUGCCCACCAUCUUCAAGAGCUGCAACACCUUCGAGCAGUGGUUCAACGCCCCAUUCGCCAUGACAGGAGAGAGGGUCGACCUAAAUGAGGAGGAGACCAUCCUGAUUAUCCGGCGUUUGCACAAGGUGCUCCGCCCCUUCCUGCUUCGCAGACUGAAGAAAGAGGUGGAGUCCCAGCUGCCAGAGAAGGUGGAGUAUGUUGUCAAAUGUGACAUGUCUGCCAUACAGAAGGUUUUGUACCGCCACAUGCAGAGAGGCAUCCUCCUCACUGACGGCUCAGAGAAAGACAAGAAGGGCAAAGGAGGGUCAAAGACCCUGAUGAACACCAUCAUGCAGCUGAAGAAAAUCUGCAACCAUCCCUACAUCUUCCAGCACAUUGAGGAGUCUUUUUCGGAGCACUUGGGCUUUCCAAAUGGCGUCAUCAGUGGGCUGGAACUGUAUCGAGCUUCGGGGAAGUUUGAGCUCCUUGAUCGCAUCCUGCCCAAACUGCUUGCCACCAACCACAGAGUGCUGCUGUUCUGCCAAAUGACCACUCUCAUGACCAUCAUGGAGGACUACUUCAGCUACCGCAACUUCCAGUAUUUACGUCUCGACGGAAGCACCAAGGCUGACGACCGCGCAAUGCUGCUGAAGAAAUUUAAUGAGCAAGGAUCUCAGUACUUCAUCUUCUUGCUCAGCACCAGAGCCGGGGGCCUCGGCCUCAACCUGCAGGCCGCCGACACCGUGGUCAUCUUCGACAGCGACUGGAAUCCACACCAGGACCUGCAGGCUCAGGACCGGGCUCACCGCAUCGGCCAGCAGAACGAGGUGCGCGUGCUUCGUCUCUGCACCGUCAACAGUGUGGAGGAGAAAAUCCUGGCAGCUGCCAAAUACAAACUCAACGUGGAUCAGAAGGUCAUCCAGGCGGGCAUGUUCGACCAGAAGUCCUCAGGCAACGAGCGCCAAGCUUUCCUCCAGGCCAUUUUACUGACUGAGGAGCAGAAUGAGGUCGGGUGUGAAUUAUUUUGCAAUAAGAAGAUAAAUGAAGAAGAUGAGAUACCCGAUGAUGAAACUCUUAACCAGAUGAUAGCCCGCAAUGAAGACGAAUUUGAGCUCUUCAUGCGCAUUGACAUGGACCGACGGCGGGAGGACGCCAGGAACCCAAAGCGCAAGCCUCGCCUCAUGGAGGAGGACGAGUUGCCUUCUUGGAUCAUCAGAGACGAAGCUGAGGUGGACCGCCUCACGUACGAAGAGGAGGAGGAGAAGAUGUUCGGCCGGGGGUCUCGCUGCCGUCGGGACGUAGACUACAGCGACACGCUCACUGAAAAACAGUGGCUGCGGGCCGUUGAGGAUGGAAACCUGGAAGAGAUGGAGGAGGAGAUCCGCCUGAAGAAGCGCAAACGCAAGAGACGCCAGGACAAGGACUCGUCGAGCAGGGAUGAAGGGGGCUCCAAGGCCAAGAAGAAACGUGGACGCCCACCAGCUGAUAAACACUCCCCCAACCACCCCAAAGUCACCAAGCAAAUGAACACCAUCAUCGAUACGGUCAUCAACUACAGGGAUGGGGCAGGGAGACAACUGAGCGAGGUCUUCGUCCAGUUGCCUUCCAGGAAAGAGCUCCCGGAAUAUUACGAGCUGAUCAGAAAACCUGUGGACUUCAAAAAGAUCAAGGAUCGUGUGAGGAACCAUAAAUACAAAGGAGUGGGAGACCUAGAGAGGGAUGUGAUGCUGCUUUGUCACAACGCCCAAACCUUCAACCUGGAGGGAUCCCAGAUAUACGAGGACUCCAUUGUCCUUCAAUCUGUGUUCAAGAGUGCAAGACAGAAGAUUGCCAAGGAUGAAGAGAGUGAAGAUGACAGCGAUGAAGAUGAUGAUGAUGAUGAUGAUGACGACGACGACGAGUCAGAGACUGAGGCUAAGUCUGUGCGGGUCAAGAUCAAGCGGAAGAAGGAGGCGCGCAGCCAUGGCAAAGGCAAGAAGAAGCAGAGCCGAGGGAAGGCCAAGCCCGUGGUCAGCGAUGACGACAGCGACGAAGACCCGGAUGACAAUGACCAGUCAGACAAGAGUGACGAUGACUGAGGACAAGAGGAUAUUAAUUAUGGCACUUAUAAACACAGAGGACAUAUCUUCAGUCGUCAUUGUUCAGGUUCAUAUUCUGUACUUUUUUUCUUUUUUGUUUACUUCAUUUGUCCCCUUUGUAAGUUUGUAGUGUGUUUUGUCGCACCUUCUCCUACCGGCUUUGAAAUGUAUUACUUGUAUUCGAUAAGCUACAGCAAUACCAAUCUGCUUAUAUUCCUGUUUUUAAGACAAUUUUUUAGUAUAUUUUUUAACUCUGCUUCAAAAGCCGAUUUAAAUUCUGUAUGAAAAAAAGGAAGAAAAAAAAAAAGAUUUGGUCUCGCUAUAUUCUUUUCUUGAUAGGUACUUGCUUGCUUGCACUUUUAGAACAUGAAAUAUUGAAAUGGAAAUAACAGAUCGAAAUUAGAAAAAGUGUGUAAUUUGGAUAUCCACCGGUGGUAAAAACAAUUGCAAUUAAUCAAGUUUUUUAACUUUGGAAUAAUUGUUUCACCUUGUGCAGUGCCAAAAUGUCAGAGAAAUUGGUAGUUCGUUGAAUCCCUCCCCAUAACCAGCGAUGGAUCAAUCAUAGCUUAGCAACCGGACUUUUAUGUCAAGCUUUAUAUUUCUCCGCCUUUGAAGCUCGGUACGAGAGACACUACAGUUAGUCUAAAGUGCGGUGUCUUUCCAAAACCAGAAAUAAAAUAGAAGAAACAGCAUGUUAUCUGCUGUGAUGUCAGCGGCAAAUGUUUGAUUGUCCAGCUUAGAAAUACUACACAAAUAAAAUAAUAUUACAAUUAGUUUAUUCUUUAUUAUUAAUAAAAGAACACAUACUGUAGUUUACUUUCAAGACCAGGAAGAGCUUAACUUCUAAUUAUUCAGGCUUAAGCUGCUGUCAUUAGCAUGUCUGGCUAACAAGCUUACAGUUUGCAUUAUUGUGUGGGGUUAUUAGAUGCAUUAAUUAAAGCCCAGUUUAGGACUGAAUCAUCCGCUGUGUAGAAUGUUCCUCUGAGUAGAAGCUGCUCAACAUACUGUUUGAAAAAUAUGAUAUUAUAAUAGAAUUACACAUUGAAUCCUCGAUUUGUCCUUAAUAUACUUUUAGCCUGGGUCAUUUUUUAAAUUGAUUUAUAACUUUUAGUCUUUAGGCAUGAUGUCGCAUUUGUACUUGCACAUUUUGAGAAUGUAAACUAUUUUCUACGUUUUACUUGAAAUAUCCCUAUAUUUGAAACAAGUUAGCUGAAAGAAAUUUGAAAUUUAGCCAAAAAAAAGUGUAUUUUAUAAACCACCUAAGGUGGCUAUUUUUCUUAGCUAGCUGCCAACAUGUGUUAGCAUCAGCUGCCAUUUCAUAUUGAUUGAUUGAUUGAUUGAUUGAUUGAUGGUAGCUAGCUUAAAAUGAGAAGCUGCUUUUUGCCUGAAAUCAAAAUAGCACAACAUUUCGAAAGUAAGUCGACCUGCGAAAAAGGCGCAAAAUGUAAAGCUUGACAGUCAUAGCGACAUGAACUACGAGAGACGGGGCUUAACGAACACUCAACAAGGAUAUUUUUAGUGUAAACUGUUUCCUGACGCUAUAUUAACGUAUAUCUUACAGCCAGCACAGCUAUAUGUCAGUUGUUGCUCGUUGACCUACAUAUAAUCUUGAAGUGACCAUAAAUGCUGAAUGCUCUUUUUUUAAAAUUGCUUUUAUUAAGAUAAAUGUAACUUUACAUUUUGUAGGCGACACAUUGUUUAGAAAAUAAGUUGUUUCAUGUAUCCUUUCCUCUUAUGAUUUGAAGUUGUGGUGUUCAAGAGCAGAAGCUUUGAAAUAGUUGUGAACGUUUCUUUCAGUCAGAAAGGAGCUAGUGGGUUAUUUUCAAUGAGAUACUAGUUGUUAAGGCUGCAGAUUGAUGGGGAGACAUCUUGUCUUGUUGUAUGAAACCGGUAUUUAUCGUAGCUAAAUAUAGCUUUAUAAAGUGUCUAAAAACAUUUUGCUCCUGUAAAGAACCGAGAUUUAGCUGGAUUCUUACAGACUAUCAAAGCUGGUUAACAAAGGAAAAUAUUACAAGGAAAACAGUAUUAUUGGAUUGAAACAUUUUAUUUGGAUGCCAUUGAAUAUAACAACAACAAUGUAUUGAUUUCUUUUUGAAUAAGGUCAUUUGUGUUCCUGUGUUAGUUAGAGCCCUCAUUUAGUCCAGUUUAUAUGUUGUUUGUAGCAUGAUCUCUUUUGGCAAUAUACUGUAUUCACGCAGAUAUAUUUUUUUGUUUUGUUUGUGUAACAUGUGCUUGCCGACUCUUCAUAAGUGUGACUUCAUCUUUGCUUUCUUUGCACAGUGUCUUUGUGGUUGUAUGUCAUAACCCAGGGCAAAUAAAAUCUCAUCGAUUUUCAGCACAAAA